AUGGAGACUCUGAACACAACAGAGCUCUGCUUCCCACAGCUCCUCAAUGCCUCCUGCAGGAAGCCGCCUCAGCAUCUUGCUGCAAACUUUUUCAUCUUUAUAGCGUUAAGCCUUCUGAUUGGCCUGACUGUGACGCUGAACCUGCUGGUCAUCAUCUCUAAGAGUCUGAUUCAAGUACUGCAGCUGUUGCUUCUCUGUGUCUGCAGGCAGCUGCACACCCCCACCAACGUCCUCCUGCUCUCUCUGGCCGUCUCAGACUUCCUUAUCGGGUUAUGUGUGAUGCCGAUUCCCUUUUUUUUCACAGAGGAUUGCUGGAUUUUGGGGACCUUCAUGUGUGGACUAUACACUUUCACUGCUUUCAUUCUUACGUCUGUGUCAGUGGGAAACAUGGUGCUCAUAUCAGCUGAUCGAUACGUGGCCAUCUGUGACCCGUUACGUUAUCCCACCAAAGUCACUCUGAGGAGAGUCCAAGUGUGUGUUUGUCUGUGUUGGGCCGCUUCAUUUUUCUAUAAUGGAGUAACUCUUAAAGAUUUUCUGAAAGAUCCAGAUAUAUUUAACCUCUGCAUUGGAGAGUGUGUGCUGCUCCUAGACUAUAUAACAGGAGCUGUAGACGUGGUCAUCACCUUCUUCUGUCCCAUCACAGUCAUUGUGAUUCUGUACAUAAGAGUGUUUAUGGUGGCUGUGUCUCAGGCUCGAGCCAUGAGGUCUCACAUCGUUUCUCUCCAGAGUUCAGCUCAACCGAGAGUGAAAAAGUCUGAACUGAAAGCAGCAACUGCUCUGGGUGUGGUUGUGUUCAUUUUUCUGGUGUGUUUUUGUCCAUAUUUCUACCCCAAUAUAGCAGGUCUGACAUACAAAUCCAGUGAUUUUGCAUCAGUUUUUGGAAAUUGGCUCUUUUAUAGCAACUCGUGUAUAAAUCCACUUAUCUAUGCUUUUUUCUAUCCCUGGUUCAGGAAGUCUCUGAAGAGUAUUGUUACGCUGCAGAUACUGCAGCCUGACUCCUGUGAUGCCAACAUUCUGUAAACAAGUUAUGUUAAAGAGCACUUUUGAGGAAACAGAGACUAUUUGAUUAUCUUUAUCUGCUUUACAUUUACAGUGUUUUAUGAGUUCUUCAAACGAAUCAAACUCGAAUCUACAAUGAACAUGACAAGACAUGAGGACCUUGUUUUUUUCUUUCUCUUCUGAUCUUCUUGCAUUUAGGCAGAUAAAAAGUGUAAAUAAAGGGGAAGCGCCCCAUCAUAUGAUCUUAUGGUUUGAGCUCAUCUUGUUCACUUCAAGGCCAGACUCUCUUAUAUUAGCAUGAUGCAGCAGUACUGAUUAUAAUAAAAAAAAAACUAUAAUAAAGAUUAAAUAUAUUACCAUUAAGGAAUGCAGUUUGACUUUCAAUUUUCUCCUCUUCUGGAUCAUUUUGAAAACUUUACCAUUUUUAAACCGUAACUUUUUAAAACAUAAAUGUGAAUAAAAUCAGACAGGAAUAUUAUUCCAUAAUAAAUCACCUUAAACCUCCAUAAUACUUAUACAAGUAAGAAUUAAAGU